AUGGGGGAAAUUGCUUGGAGAAAGGUGAAGAAGAGAGCGGGGAAGGGGGAGAAAGGUGAUGUGAGGGAAUACUUCCAAGGUCCUGAGCCUGCCCCAUUGGACUGGACUAUAGUUCGUGGCCCCGAAGGCAGAUUUGCCCGUGGCGGCCCUAGUUCUUCCGCCGCAUCUGAGCGUGCAGGAGGAAGUUUUACCACAACGUACUACAUGGCUGUCAUUGGCUCUACCUUGUUGGCGGAUAAGACCAGGACUGGCAUGCGACCUCACCCGAUAGUUGUCGUCAACGACGAUGAACAGGACGUGGCUUGGGGUGCGGUGACUUUGGCGUUCUUGUACAGGCAGCUCGGAAUGGCAUCUAGGGCUGGUUGCAAGACCAUUGCUGGAUGCCUCACAUUGCUCCAGACAUGGAUCUAUGAGUACUUCCCCGCUUUCCGCCCUCAUCCUCGCCGAGAUGAUGUGCCAAACACGACUAGGGCGGAGAUGUGGACGCCGAAGAAAGUAGGUCGUGAGCUGGACAGGUUGAUAUCAUUCCGCAAGGUUCUGGACUCAAUGACAGAGACUCAGGUUGAAUGGACUCCCUACAAUUGUGGUUUAAGGACUUCAUCGACCAGAGAUUGA